AUGACGACUAUGGAUCUUCGCGUCGGUAAUAAGUACCGCAUCGGUCGAAAGAUCGGUUCAGGUUCUUUCGGUGAUAUCUACCUCGGCACCAACAUCAUCUCCGGUGAGGAGAUCGCCAUCAAGCUUGAGUCCGUCAAGGCCAAGCACCCCCAGCUGGAAUAUGAGGCUCGUGUCUACAAGUCUCUUGCCGGCGGUGUCGGAAUUCCCUUCGUCCGCUGGUUCGGUACCGAGUGUGAUUACAAUGCCAUGGUUCUCGACCUUCUUGGUCCCAGUUUGGAAGAUCUCUUCAACUUCUGUAACCGAAAGUUCUCUCUGAAGACUGUUCUUCUUCUCGCCGACCAGCUCAUCUCCAGAAUCGAGUACAUUCACGCAAAGUCUUUUAUCCACCGAGAUAUCAAGCCUGACAACUUCCUCAUGGGCAUCGGCAAGCGUGGCAACCAGGUCAACGUUAUCGAUUUCGGUCUUGCCAAGAAGUACCGAGACCCUAAGACUCACUUCCACAUUCCCUACAGAGAGAACAAGAACCUGACUGGUACUGCUCGCUACGCCUCUAUUAACACUCAUCUGGGUGUUGAGCAGUCUCGUCGUGACGACAUGGAAUCCCUCGGUUACGUCAUGCUGUACUUUUGCCGUGGUUCGCUCCCCUGGCAGGGACUGAAGGCUGCCACCAAGAAGCAGAAGUACGACCGCAUCAUGGAGAAGAAGAUGACCACCCCUACCGAGGUCCUCUGCCGUGGCUUCCCCAACGAGUUCGCUAUUUACCUGAAUUACACCCGAUCCCUCCGAUUCGACGACAAGCCCGACUACAGCUACCUCCGCAAGAUCUUCCGGGACCUUUUCGUUCGUGAAGGUUUCCAGUAUGAUUACGUCUUCGACUGGACUGUCUACAAGUACCAGAAGAACGCCCAGGCUAUUGCCCAGGCUGCUGGCCAGGCCAACCCCGAGGACGAUGAGAAGGCCCGUGCCAGCCGCACCAACGCGGCUACCGCCGGCCAGUCUACUGCCAAGCCCAACGCCAUCCCCAGCACUCGCCGCAAGAUGCUCGAGCGAGGCUCUGGCGCUGGCGUCGACACCCCCGACACCAACCGUGCCAUCGGUGGAAGCGACAGGAUGUGA